AUGCUUUCCACUCCCAAUAAAACACCUACCCGUCCCCUUCUUCAAUCUCAAUCCUCAGCAUCUAUCACCUCUGAGAAGGACAAGCUGCUGCGAAACAGUCCAGCUAUCAAUGAAACACCAAUCAAAAAGCCACUUUUAGACGUGACUGCCUCCCUUGAGAGUGAACGGUCGGAACCUACAGUUUCAAAUAUUGGAACACAUAAUUUAACAGGUGGGACGGUACUUGAAAGGCUACGGGAGAUUGAGGCGGCAGCGGGAAAGAGAAAACGGAAGAAAAAAGGGGGAGGAGAGGGAAGGAAGGAUAGCACGGAAGGGGGAAGUACUGCAGGGAUGUUAGAGGUACCGGAAGGUAACCAGGGGUCAAAUACUGUUCGCCUCAUUAUCUUACAGGUGUAG